AUGGAGGCUCCAGGCAAGGUGCACACGAGGCUAGCCCCAGCAAGUACCACACACGCCAAGGAGUCGCCAGUAGAGAAGAGAGUGGAGAAGCAGCCGACGAAGGUUCGGCCGGCACCGGUGAUUGAUUAUUCUCGCCUUCCAUUCCCCGCCCGUGCCAUGCAGCAGAAACAUGCUCAGGAAUACGGGAAAUUCCUCGAGAUGUUUACACAGUUGAAAAUCAAUCUUCCGUUCAUCGAGGCGCUUCAGUCUAUGCCUAAGUAUGCGAAAUUUCUCAAAGAUCUUUUGAAGCGUAAGGAGAGAAUCAGUGAGCUUUCGAAUAUCCCGCUGACAGGAGGUUGUUCCGCGGUAGUCUUGAAUAAGCUACCAGAGAAAUUGACCGAUCCUGGUACUUUCACGAUUCCAUGUUUCUUUGGGGGAGCCGUUACCCCUGCUCACGCCUUAGCCGAUUUAGGAGCCAGCAUCAAUCUGAUGUCGUUUUCGUUGUAUGAGCGACUUUUUCUAGGAGAGCUUACACCCACACGCAUGUCACUGUCCUUGGCUGACCGAUCAGUCAAGUAUCCUCGUGGGAUAGUAGAGAAUUUGUUGGUGAAGGUUGAUAGGUUUGUGUUCCCAGUAGAUUUCGUUGUGCUCGAUAUGGAGGCCGAUGAGAGAGUUCCUAUUAUUCUGGGCCGUCCAUUCCUUCGAACUGCAAAGGCGAUCAUCGACGUUUUUGAUGGUAAGAUUUCUCUUCGUGCGGGUGACGAGAUUGUCACGUUCGAGAUUGAUAGAGCGAUGCAGCAUCCUAGCGGUCGCGAUGAUGAUAGUGGGCCGUGUCAUUCCGUUUACUUUCUCAAUUCAUUCAUAUCUUGCGUCGACACGUGUCUUGAGUAUAUUAGUGGAGCUGAUUUAGUAGGCGAGGGAGUUGUUGUCGAGCAUUCUGAGGAUGAGGUUGAAGAAGUAGAGGAGGAUGAUGAGAGUACUCCUGUAGAGAUUCCACCGCCUUUAGAACUUAAGGUUCUUCCAUCACAUCUCGAGUACGCGUUUCUAGGAGAGGAGCCGAAUAUGCCUGUCAUCAUUUCUUCGAAGUUGACAGAGGAGGAGAAAGCGAAGUUGAUUGAGGUGCUUAGAGAGCACAGUGAUGCGAUUGCCUGGAGGCUAUCCGAUAUCAAGGGCAUCCGCCCUACUUUUUGUACGCAUCGCAUUCUGAUGGAGGAUGUUUAUAAGCCUGUAGUGCAGCCGUAG